AAAGCAAGGAAUUGCUUCUCCUUGAGGCCGUCUCCAAUUAAAGAAAUCCAAAACCCAGAAAGGUGACCUUCCGGCCAGCAUAGCAGGCCCCGCAAAGUAACGUAGCCGCAGCAACAAUUCCCACCCUCAGAAUCUUUGGCCUACGAUAUCUAGGGGUGCCAUGGACACCCUAGAGGACCUCCUUCCCUGUUCUACUCUGAGAAUUAUCACGGGAAAUGGCAUCCUGGAUGUUCUCUGGGGUCGUCCUUGUCUUUCUUCCAUUGUUAUUUUGCCAUUCUUAUUCAUUCAGUUUUACCAUUAUGAACAACUGCCCAUAUGCAAUAUGGCCUGGAACACUUGCUGGGUCAGGGAUGCCACAGCUUCCCAUGACAGGAUUCAGGCUGGACUCUGGUAAGAGUGUGAAAAUCCCGGCUGUUCCAGGAUGGUCAGGUCGGAUUUGGGCGAGGACUGGUUGUUCAUUUGAUGAGUAUGGAGUCGGCACCUGUCAGACAGGGGAUUGUGGGGGAAGGCUGGAAUGUGACGGUAAGGGCGCCACGCCGCCUGUGUCACUCUUUGAAAUUACAAUGGGUAAUGGUAAUGAAAAGGACUACUACGAUAUCAGCAUAGUCGACGGCUACAAUUUGCCUCUGGUGGCUGCACCCCGGGGAGUCUACAGCCCAUGUAAUGCCACCGGCUGUGCUUCAGACCUCAACAUGGGUUGUCCAAAAGAGCUUCAGGUGGUGGGCGGAGAAGGCAGCAGAGAAGGGCAAGUAGUUGCAUGCAAGAGUGCCUGUGACGCGUUUGGCCUUGACCAGUACUGCUGCAGCGGGGAGUUUGCUAAUCCAACAAUGUGCAGACCAUCGUUUUACUCGAAAUUAUUCAAGCGAGCUUGUCCCAAAGCUUAUAGCUAUGCUUAUGAUGAUGGAAGCAGUACUUUUACAUGCAAGGCUUAUGAAUAUGACAUUGUUUUCUGCCCUUAUGCUGGCAGAACAAAGAGACCUGGUGAUUUGUUGCCAGCACCCCCAGUUAAAACCAGCCUUGAGAAGGUUACAGAGAUGGUUUCCUCACCCCCAGUUGAAACCAGCCUUGAGAAGGUGACAGAGAUGGUUUCCUCCUCCAACAUUCUCUCACCUUUUCCAGUGAUGAUUCUUCUCCUUAUCGUCAAUCUGUUCUUUUAAGCACGCCAAGUGCUUUGAGGGCUUGCUGCAAUCGAUUGAUCCUGAAACCAAAACAUCACUGGUACCUUCUGCCUGUUCCAGAGAAGGGAUUGAAUGGAGGACGAUUGUAAUAGAGGAUGAAGGAGAGA